UUUCGAGAAUUUUACCGCAAGAAGGAACUUGAAAUAUCAAAAUGGCCGACGAUGGAUGACCUUCACGGUGCCAUGACAGGACUUCUCCAGGUUUGGUCAGUUUAUCACUUGAAUGCAGAUGACGUCAUUGCUGGUGUCAUUUUUGGUGCUCCAUCAACACCGUUGUCAACAGAUGAUAUACUUCUUCUGGCUGAGCAUGCGCGGAAACUGGAGUUUUACACAAAAGAAAUUGCUCUUCGCCAAGAGUUCAUGAAACGUCUUCAACUGGAAGAAAAAGAGCAUUUAAAACAUACUUUAAAGUUGGCAAAAGCUUAUCACAAUAACAAGAUGUCAAACACAGCAAUGAAACUUUUAUCGCCUCUUCUACUGACAGCACACGGCAAAGUAAAACCACUUCUGAUUAAAUAUGGACAAGCAGCAAAAAAUCAAAUUACACCGACAGGAGAAGUCAACGAAGAAAGACAGAUUGCUUCUGAGUCCGACCCACUUUGUCGAGGAAUCACCAAGACACCCAAAGAACGUUCAGAACUGCACUGCACUUUAAGAACUAAAAUCCCGUAUUACUUAGUCAAAGAAGAGGUCCUUCAUGUUCACCCGAGAGUGUCGCUUUUUCACGAGGUCUUAUCCGAGGACGAUAUCAAAACUUUGAAAAGAUACACAGCUCAACAGGUCAGUAAACCCUCUCCAGCUGAGACUGAAUUCGUCGACCUUGCAAUGACUAUAUAUCAGUUAAAUGAGAAAAAAUUUAGGAGGUUGUCUGACAAGUUAAGCAGGAGGAUGUCCCUAAUAACUGGAUUGGGUACUCACUUAAAGACCUCCCAAUCAGAUGUCGAGGACUUUCAGGUAGUCAAUUACGGAGCGAGCGGUCAAUUUCCUCUACACAGCGACUGUAGGUCUGAGGCACUAUGGACGAGCACAGACGACAACCAGCUCCCUCUGUCUCCCUAUGUCAGAUAUUCAGGUGACAACAUAGCUACCUGGAUCUACUUCAUGAGUGAUGUUGGUGAAGGUGGUGCUACAAUAAUGCCAAAUCUGAAAGUCCGAGUAACCCCUGUUAAAGGAUCAGCUUUAUUUUUUUACAAUUACACACCCGACGGAAACUGUGAUUUACUCACUCAAUAUGGCACGUGUCCGGUGGCGCUAGGCACGCGGUGGGAUGCUGUAAAAUUAAUAAAACAAGGCGGACAAAUUUUCCGAAGAUUGUGUGACAUUUCAAAUGAUGAAUAAACUUUCGCAUACUAACAUUGUGCGUAAGAAGUGUUGCUUGUCUCAUUGUUGUUUACUUUGGUUACUGUAGUAGUAUAUUUGUAAUAUAUGGCUAACAACACAUUUCUGUAAAAUAUGUGCUUUAGUGCCCAUAAAGAAUUAAAAAAAUUAAAUAGUAUUUUACAAAAUAUGGGAAACUUAGUUUUAGAAAUUGUAAUUUAAUAAAAUGUGGAGCACGUAGUUCAAUUAGAAUAGGUCGGUAUAUAUGGUUGUCUAUUUCUUUUUGCGAGUCAUACAUGAUAUUAUAAGGUAUAGCAGAAUUGUUUUAUAACUUUUUACUAUGUAUUAUUUAUUU